UAAACAAUCCCAUACAUCCAUCCAUAUAACGGGGGUUUGCCAAUAAAUCUUUCCAUAUUGCACAUUUUUCGGGAUAUAUAAGGAAAGAAAACGUGCUCGGUUAUGUCGGAAGUAGCAACUGGUAGUGGUGGCCACAAUAUGAACAGAAAACACUCAUCAUCCUCGCUGAUCUCCCUCAGCAAUAUGUCUGCGGAUGCAUGUCCAUCAUUGCUAACCCCCGAGGAGGAAGAGGAGGAAAAGCAACAUCUGCAAAAGAUAAUAUCAGCUUUGAAAUUCUAUCGCAAAUAUUCACUGGCAAAGGUCAACAAAACCGAAAGUUAUCUCAACUCGCUGCCAAAAAGACAUCAACAAAUGCUGUCCAAAUACCGACACCAUUUAAGUAUUGUUAGGGAUUGUAUUGACAAGAAUCAAGUAGUCAUUAAGAAAAUGUUGGUGGACAAUCCACUCUGUGAUAGCUCCUCGGUGAGCCAGAGAGACCUAGACGGACAUGUGGCUAAAAUACGCCAUCAAGAAAUGGAACAUUCUGAAGAGCAUGUUGAACCUUUUCACAUUUUAAAGGCCCAAUCGACAUUGAAAGCCAUCGCACGGGACUGGAGUCCUGAAUGUGUCGAAGAACGAGACCAAUCCUAUAAACCUAUCAUUGAAGCCAUUGAGCAAUACUUUAACCCGAAGGACUAUAACGAGAAUGAGGUGAAAAUUCUGGUACCUGGCUGUGGUUUGGGCAGGCUAACAUAUGAGCUUGCCUGCAGGGGCUAUGAAUGUGAGGGCAAUGAAUUCUCAUAUUUCAUGUUAAUUGCCUCGAAUUUCGUGUUGAACUUCUGCACGGACGAAAAUAUGUAUUCCCUUUAUCCUUGGGUCCAUCAGACGGUCAAUAACUUGCGUAGAGCGGAUCAAACCGCCGCUGUACGUUUUCCUGACGUUAGCCCAGCUAAAAAUAAACCAACUGGAAGACUAUCAGUGGUAGCAGGAGACUUUCUGGAGGUUUAUACCACUCCGGAUGUGUAUGACUGUGUGGCAACGUGUUUCUUCAUUGAUUGUGCAAACAACGUGAUCGACUUCAUAGAAACUAUUUAUCGAAUUUUAGUUCCUGGUGGCAUUUGGGUGAAUUUGGGCCCAUUGCUUUAUCAUUUCAGUGAUAUGCAUAAUGAGGAUAGCAUUGAACCGACAUUCGAGGACAUAAUGCAUGUAAUCGACAGUGUGGGCUUCGAAGUUCUAACCUCCAAGACUGGUGUACGUACAAAAUAUGCUCAAAAUCCAAAUUCAAUGCUGAAAAGCGAAUAUGAAAGCCUGUUUUGGAUUUGUCGCAAACCGCUUAAUAGCAGCGGUGAUGGCGGCGACGACAUGGAGGCAAAUCAAAGCGAUGCCGAUGGUAUGGCUUAGCGAGCCAUCAAAAGAAGGACGGAGUGAAUUAUCAUAUUGUUAUGAUUGCACUGAUUAUGUUUAAAUUGAUUGACCUGGACAAAUCACGAAUUUUUGUGAAUUUACUAAACAUAUUUGAAUUGAUUUUUCUUUAUUUUUCAAAUACAAAAUAUUUUGUAAAAACAAAUCCAUGAAGGCUUCCAAUAGAAAAACAAUUGGAGUUAAAUGAAAUUUUAUGCAACAAAAAUACAUAUAUAUAUAAAUCGUAAAACGACAA